CCAGCAAAAGUAUUCAUUUGUCUACGCCAACUGAAAGUUCUAAGUUUUGUUCACCAUGAAGCUAAUUUACUUGGUUGUGGGCUUGAUCGCCUUUGUGACCAGUUCCUUGGCUCUAAAAAAUGAAAUCUGUGGUCAACCUCAUUCCUUUCCUGGAUUUUGUCGUGCUAUAUUUUACAAGUGGUCUUAUAACUCCGGUAAAAAUAAGUGCGUCAAAUUUAUCUACGGAGGCUGUGGUAAAAAUGGCAAUAACUUCAAUUCAAAGAAAGAAUGUGAAGAAAAGUGCUUUGCAAAUUACUUAGCAAUGUAAUGUGGACAGAGUUGUUAUGUUUAAGCCUUAGUUGUUUACAGAUCUGAUAUCUACAGAUUUUUUUACUAUAUUCUACUACAUUCAGCUACGGAAUGAAAAUAGAGUUGUCUCACAGAAGAGUUGUGAAAAAUAGUGUUCGCAAAUACAUUUUGAUGAAGUGAAAACCACUUAAUGUUUUUAUUUCGGUAAUAAUAUUUAUAAGGCCUGUA